AUGUCCGAGGUAAACAAGUGUGAGUAGCCUCCCCUUGUAUUUCAAAUCCAGUUCUAAAAAUGGAUCACUCAAGUACUGGACAUCCUAGCAGAGCCCAUGUCCUGUUCACCCAGAGCAGCGACAGACAAGUGCCAGACCACGCUCAAGGCUGGUCAGUUUCCAGCACAUCAGGCAGACGUGAGCAACUGGAGGUCAAUCAGAACCCUCACCCCGGCCUGGAUUACUUCGACAAUAAGAGAUACGUGUCCUCCACCUUAUCUGACGACGUAUUUUUUCCUCUUUCCAACAGUAGCUGCGCCCCUGCUAGUUCUAGCAGUUAUUUUAACGGAACUCCGUCUCCUGUAGAGUUUCCAGGUUCGCGAAUAUGUAACGGAAAUUAUUUUAAUCCUGCUAUAUCACAUAAUAACCAAACGCCACGGCAGAAUGAAAUUAUUAUACAGAGAUCCACAUAUACAGAUCCUGCUUUGACGGAUAAUUAUUCGGAAUAUCCGAAUUCUAAUUUAAAUAUUGGCAAUGUUACUGGACAUAAACAGCCUGUCCAUUCUUUCAGAGAUUUUCCUCAUGGAAAAUUUGGAAAUCUUGUCGCCCUGCAGGAAAAUCCAUACCCAAUUCCUCCAGUACUCCACUGCCCCAUCAUGAUGUUGAAACCCACGACUGAUAUUUACCCGACAGAGUUCGCGCCUCAACCAAAACCUCCAGACGACAAAGGCCCAGGUCAUCAAAGAAUUGCAGGAAACCUGAGCCAGACUAAAAAUGGCGUCAGCGCUGGACAUGUAGUACAAAGCCCCGGGCUGGUUCAUGGAAGAGACAUGUACAGGCACCCCACGGCCAAUAUCAGACAAAAGGAAAAGACGGAGCUCAAGAGUUUCCUCCUGCCUGGGUACAUUGUUCAGGUGUGUGGGCCCCCCAUGGCCGGCAAGUCAACUACAGUCAGGCAGGCAAUUGAAGAAAAAAUUCAUGAACUCUCCACCCAGUCUGAAGAAAACAGUGGCCCCCUCAUUCAACACCAUUUUUCUUGCAAAAGACUUUUCUCCUUCCAGAACCUGUUAACUGAUAUGGUUCUAAAAUUGACCAAAUCCUCCAUCAACAUUGAUUCCGUUGACGAAGACUGUGUUCUCACACUGGUGCGCCACACCCUGGAACAGUUUAAGGACAUGACCCACGUUAUUGUUUUUCACAAAUGUGAGAGCUUCAAAACAAACCAGCAGGAUCAUCUCUUCAUAGAUUUCAUCUCCAGGUUGAUCAAAUUUUUAUCCAUGUCUUUGAAAGUGACUAUAAUUUUCACAACAUACAAACAAUACCCUAAUCAUGGCCCUAACAUGAAAAAGGUUGAGAUUGGAUUACUUUCUGAUAUUUGGGAUGUUAUCUCAAUUUUACAGUUUUACGCUCCGAAGGUUGAAGUACUCAACUACGCAGAUGUCUGUUUAAGGACUCUAUGUCUUCCUGGAGCUGUUAGGCUUCUUGCUGAAGAGUUCAUAGCCAAUGAGGAAUUUAGAAUUCCUGCAGAGAUACUCUCUAAAAGAAUAGAUAAAGAUGUUCGGUUUUUGUCGCAGAUAUUUAGCGGUCGAUUGGAUGAGGUGACAGAGUGGAUACCAGAGCAAACCCUUUUAUCCAUUGUUCAUUUCUGCCAUUCUAUUGACAGCUCUUUUACUGAAGGUCAUCUGGAGCAUGUGACCACAGACCGCGACUCUCUAGACUGGACCAGGUUAAUCCAUGAGCUCAAGCGUAACUACGUCGUCCGUUCCCUUCCGGUGGUAGAUCGCCUGGUCAUUCAUCCGUUGGUGGUGUUCUAUUACAUGACCUCUGUCAAACAGGGCAAGCUGGCCCUAAGAGGUCACUGGUAUGACCAUUCUUGCAACAAAUACACCAACUUUUUGUGCCGAGUCCUUAUGAGUACUGAGUCCAAUAUGCGAAUUCAAGGCAGAAAAGGCCUAGUGUACGGGGGCCUGAUUCAGGAAUGGCCUAAUGUCAGAUACCUGAUUGAGCAAGCGCUACACUGCAACAGAAAUACUUAUGAGUCAUUUUUAAAAGUGGCAGUAACAGCCAAUGGUAUCAUCAUGAAGUGUUUCAUGAAAGAGGCUAAAGAUUUCUACCUUGGACUCUACAACAGUGCGUUGGAGUUUGGCACACCAAGGGACUGUGCUGUACUGGAAGCAUUUUUAGGCAAUGCUAUCAGUUCAGCAUCAGGUACAUCAAAAGCUGUACCUCAUGGGACAGAAGAAUCAGAUUGCAGUUAUGAAUGGUACCAGGCCAACCGUCACCUGACGUCUGCCAUAGAGAAACUGACACCAGAAGGCCCAUCCUACCAGUUGCUGUAUGCUGUAGACAGACGAGCCAUUUUGUUGCAUAGACAAGGAAGAUACCAGGAAUCUCUCGAAGACUUCCGCUAUGGCAGAGAAAUAGCUAAGAAGUUAAAUAAAAGAGCUUUAGGUGAAACAUACGCUGUGUCAGAUCUGCAAGUAGAGGAGGAAAUAAUAACACAAGAAAUCCACGAAACUAUCCCAAACAUUUUUAUUGGCAAAAAUAAAAUAGCAAGAGCAAAACUAAACAAACUUUUGGAGUUCAUCAACUAUCGAUGUGAGAACCACCCUGAAUUGUCCACCUUACUCAACCUAAUAGGCCUAACAGAGCAAAGAGGAAAUAAUGACUUAAACAGUGCCAUCAAAUGGUACAAGUUGUCAUACAAUGAGAGAAUGUAUUUGGCCAGGAUCUGCCCUGAGAAUCUGCUUGUCCCUCUAAAUAACAUUGCCAUGAUUUUACACAAACAAGGGAAAUUAGAAGAAUGUUUGAAGUACCUGAACCAAGCCCUGGACAUCCGCAGAGAGUGUGGCUGGACACACUACUACACUGCCUUAACUCUGUGCCACUUGAGUGAGGUCAACUUGCAGUGCAACAAUAUCUGUGCAGCUUUUGAGAAUGUAUUAGAAGCCGAACGUAUUUUAGAAAAAACUGCCCAGGACCACGACCUGAGGCUUAAAGUGAUGUUAAUGCUGGCUCACGUGCGGGCUGUCUUACGGCAGAAAAUGGAGCCAGCAAGAGACGAGCUGAGGUUCACUGGCUUCGGUGAAGAUGUCCCCGACCUCUCAGGCACCCCUCUGCCUCAGGGAAGCGAACACAUGUUCCAGGGGUCUUCUUUUGAAGCUUCAAGCGAAGCUGUUCACAAAAGUCCUCACGCGUCAAGCCAGAACAUGCCAAAUUUUAAUGAACUGUUUAGCAUGCCCCAAGCCGCAGAAGAAGAAUUAGAAUCACUGUUGCCAUCUUUGUUUAGAAAUAGCGUAGAGAGCCAUGAUUCGCAGACUGUGCCAAAGGAAAUAGUCCCUGAAAGUCCUUUUGUUCUGACAGGAAAUCUUGAGCUUGUAGAUUUGAAUAAGUCUAGCAUUGACCAUCUGGAGCAUAUUUUAGACUUCAAUUCCAGGAUGAAAGGAACAUUAAGUGACGACGGGCACAGCAAUCUUCUCGCUACACACGAACAUGCUUUACUUCUUUAUUGGAACGACAUGGAAAAAAUAAAAUUUCAUAGGGAUGCAUACCUCAAGUAUGUUGAAGAGAAUCCGUGGAUAACUGAGACUGUUUUUAGCAGUGGAUCUAAGGAUUUUAACUGUAACACUGUCAGAAAACACAGGGAUUUGUAUUAUUAUAUUCUGCGCACACGUGAAGAAGAGCUAGAUCUGAAAAUGUUUGUCUCCCUUGUUGUCAAGUCGUGCUUGGUGUGUCAGUAUGCACCCGAAGUGUAUUCUGAAAACUUUUGGACCAGAGAGGUGCAGCAUUGCAUCAACAAAAGAGAGGACAGGAAAAAAUUAUUUCAGGAAUUUCAUGGCAUGGAUUCUAUAACUGAACGGCAAGCUGGUGAAAAUGAAGUGAUUCAUAAUGCUGCAUUUAACUUUGAAUCCAGAAGCUGUAUUGAUGAUACACUUAAGGCAUCAGCAUCUACCAUGUUGAAACUCCGACCCGGCACGCCAUGCUCAGAUGGUUUGCAUAUGGCUGGCGCCACUUCAGAAAUACACACAAUCCCAGAAUUAACGUCAAGUAAGUCUAGCAACAACCUCUCGCAAAUUUCAUCUCCAAAAAUUAUUGAAGACCAGAAGGUUAUUUUACUGCGCAUACAGCAAGAAAACCAAUCAAGCCCCAGUGACUGGGACUCAAGCAGGUCUAACACACACAGGCACUGUUGUGCUAUGAACAUCCGCUGCACCUCACCUGAGUACAACCUGCGCUGCGACGAAUCACGCAGCACCAGCAAGAAAUUUUACACCACCUCAAAAUGCACCCACAGCGUAACAAGGGGCUGCAGGGAACCAGUUGAGCAAAGUGAGAAUGGUCUAGAACCAGUUACCUGUGAUGAAAACACCUGCUUCCCUGAAACUUUCUUCUAUGAAAAAUGUCAAUCACCAACCAACGCAGCAAAACAUAAUUUAAAAUCUCCUGGAGAAUCGGAAGAUUUUCAUAAAACAAAGCUUCUCAAAGCCUCACAAGAAGUCAAUUCCCACAGUUCUGAAAAACCUAAAUUAAAAUCUUACGAAAAAUUCAAUGUUUCCGAGUACAUAGUCAGAGAAAUGGCGCAGGCUGACCAAAUGAACAACAAUCUAGAAAAAGAAACUGGUAACGCAGAACUUCACAUUUCUGCAAUGUCUCAUUGUUUUUCUGAUACAAGCUUGCUCGUGCAUGAAGACAUUCAUCCUCAGCCUUUUGUUCCUGUGCAGCAAGCGUGUGGCCCAAGUCAAAAUAACCUCGGUGCUGAAACUCAGCUUUUCCACACCAAUCCUGUUCCACUAAAACACGCCCAGUUAACUGCCUUAAAAGCAUUGAGUUUGAAUUCUUCUCAGAGGUCUGCUUGCCCAGGUAGCAGAGCUUCAUUUUCAGAAAGUGGGUUUGAAGGCUCAUCCACCUCCAGUGAUAAUGGACUUGCCCAAGAGUGCUCCCAUGACCCAUGCAGCGGACAGAGUGCUUUAACUGCAGAGAGUGGGUACCAGUCCCAUGUAACGGCUGCAGCCCGAAUAAAAAACCAAACAGAACUAACUAACGGUAUUCCGGACAUAGCCUGCAAUGCACAACAUUUGAUGCAAAAUCAAGCCAGCAACAAAGACAACAAUCAUAACAAUUUCCGAACAAAUCUUUCUAGCACAAGAGAACCAGAUGAAAGUUCAUGGUGUGAUACUUUGAAAUCUGAUUGUCCCCCUUCUAGUGAAAGGUACCAAACGGUUAUCCACCAUGAUUCUUUAAAUCACGAACAAAGUUAUCAAUCAUGAGUUAUCAUCCUUUUUUUUUGAGGCUUUGUUGAUGAAUUAUUAAUUAUUGUGAUUACAUUUUGAAGAUUCCUAUUUCGAUAAAAUGAGGACAAAAUAAAUUAAUCAGUAUCUAUUGAUUUAGAUGUAUAUUUAUAAUUUAAGAAGGGAUGUUAAUAGUUAACAAUAAUAACAAACACAACUGACAUAGUAGCUUUUAAGCGAUGCAGUGCAUUAACACGAUUUAUUUUUUAAUUGGUGUCAGUUGUUUUAUGGUGUAAUCAAGAUUUAGCACAGCCUUCUAUUUUCACUAUUAAUUACGUUACUGCAUCAAUUGUUAAUUACUGCAUCUAUUUUGUUAACUAUGUAUGCUGCUGUUAAUCAUCAUCUUUUCUCAUUCGUGCCCAAGACACAUGGGGCAGAUGAAGUAGAGGUUAAAGUUUAUCUGUUUACCUCAGAACAAGAAGGGAUAAUGUGGUCAGCACUAUGCCCAACCACCUUUAUUUUUUUCUUAAGGUGAGUUAGGUACCCAUCAGAACAAGAUGGACUCGGGCAUGUUGUACUGACUUGAACCUAAGAUUAAAUAUUUCACCUGUACAUUAUUCUUAUCAUUAUUAAUAAAAAUUUCAUAGCUUUAACCUUAAGUAAGGAUGUGGUACUCACAGUAUGUUUAUUAAGAUCUGAUUAUACAUAAAACUGUUUGCGCUUUUUUUUGCAGUGGGAUUUUUUUACAGUAAAAAGAACAAUUAUACUUAUCUUUGCAUCUAUACUUUCUUCUUUAAAAAAUCUUAAAUGUAGACAGACAUCUAUGUAAAUAAAGAAAUUAAGUUUUC